CAAACAGAGUGGCUAUUGUUAGCCAGCAGGUUGUGUCAGAGUUUAUCCCGUAGCCUACUCGCCACCUACCUGUUGAAUAUUCACACCAUUUAUUUGCAAGCGAGGGUCAAGGCACUGUCGAAGAACUAAAGUCCACUCAAAACUGCUGCCAGGUGAGGAUAGGAAAAGUGUCGUGGGACAGAGGGAAGGAAGAAACUGAGGAAAGCUCGGAGGAAACGAGGAAGUAAAUAAGGACAAGUCGACCGUUGGGCUUGGAACUCAACAGGUUAGCUACUUCAAUGUUAUAGCAGCGGCUCGGACUUUUUUACUUUUCCACGUCGAGAAACAAAUCAAGACAAUUAAAAAAAAUGCCGUUGGGACCAUGGAGGAAGAAAAACAAAUCGACGAAGGAGCAUUUGGUGGACAACGAGGAGGUCAGCGGUGGACACGCAGGUGCCGGGAGCUUGGCUAAAUCCGCCGUGAACGGAGCAGGGCUCCCGCCUCCACCUGCCAACCUGCGGCCCAAACUGGUCUUUCACACGCAGCUCGCUCACGGAAGUCCCACCGGCAGGAUCGAAGGAUUUACCAAUGUAAAGGAGCUGUAUGGGAAGAUAGCAGAGGCUUUUAAUAUUAGUCCACCAGAGAUCCUGUUCUGCACUCUCAACACCCACAAGAUUGACAUGGAAAAGCUGCUGGGGGGCCAGAUCGGCCUAGAGGAUUUUAUAUUCGCCCACAUUAAAGGGAUCAAGAAGGAGGUGGAGGUUUACAAAUCAGAAGAUGCUCUGGGCCUGACCAUCACGGACAACGGCGCAGGAUACGCUUUCAUAAAGCGCAUCAAAGAGGGCAGCGUUGUGGAUGGGGUGAAGGUGAUCUGUGUUGGCGACCACGUGGAGUGCAUUAACGGACAUAACAUCGUAGGGACGCGGCAUUAUGAGGUGGCCCGCAUGCUGAAAGAGCUGCCCAGAGACAAGUCCUUCACCCUCAAACUGGUCGAACCCAUGAAGGCCUUUGAAAUGCUUGAGCCAAGGUCAAAGGGUGCAAAACCAGGUAGUGACAACAAGAUCACCAAUGGGAGGGGAACGCUGAGACUUCGCUCCAAGGGCCCGGCUACUGUGGAAGAAGAGCCAACGGAGUUUGAGGAGAAAGCAGUGCAGAAAGUGGAUGACCUCCUGGAGUCCUACAUGGGCAUUAGAGACACUGAACUUGCUGCUACAAUGGUCGAGGUCGGCCGCGACAAGAAGAACCCCGAUGAGUUUGCCAUGGCGUUAGAUGAAACCCUUGGAGACUUCGCCUUUCCUGAUGAGUUUGUCUUUGAUGUCUGGGGGGCCAUAGGAGAUGCCAAGCAGGGAAGAUUUUAAGUUCGCCUCUGCCUCCCUCAUCCCAAAAAAAAUACACAUCUACACACACUCCUCCCUUUCCCCAAACUCACCCCUUAUUAUUAUCAGAAGCAAACUGGACAAUAUGAGUGAGUCUGUUUUUUUCUUUUUUCUUUUUUUUAGCUUUGUGCUCAGAUGGGAGUGUAUUCCAGCGUCAUACUUGGUCACUUUGGUUUACAGAAGGAAUCUAAAACAUCAGCAUUUCAGUGUAAUCUUGUAAAGAUAUCCAAGAAAUGUGGGGUGCAGGUCCAGGACAGCACCUGCACUCUGCUUCCUGAAAAUCUGAGCAUUGGUUGUAGAUGUUUAAACCUUUUCACCCUUUGAGACACCAACCCUUGAUGUGGCUACAUGUUAAGAGUCUACACUGGUCUAGGACCAGUAAUUAAAUGGUCUCUGCACACAAUAAAUUUUAAAACAAUCA